CUCCACGCCAACCUGCUGGAGAUGGAGUUCGGGGCCGACGUGGGGCAGAACGAGGGGAACACCCUGAGCUGCUUCGAGCGCGCCCUGCGCAGCCCCCUCCCCGACGACGCCAAGCUGCUCUUCUCCCAGCGCAGGGUCGAGUUCCUCGAGGACUUCGGCUCCAGCAUCCACAGCCUGCUCAAGGCCUACGAUGAGCACCAGAAGAUCCUCAAAGCCCACGCGGCGCGGAAGAGACCCCCCGAGAACGGGUGAGACCCC